CGUUGGAUGUAAUCCGCCAACCAAAUCCAAAGGAGAAGAAGUACUUCCUCGUCCGCAUUCUUUGCCUAAUUAAAAUCGGCGUUUUAAUAUAUUGCUCUGUGGAUAUCAAAUCAAGACAAGGGAAGAGAAUUUGCCAAUUUGAGAGGUGGUUUUGAGACAGUCAUGCAGAGCACAGCAAACUACCUGUGGCUUAUCUCAGAUCUUCUGGGACAGGGAGCAACAGCAAAUGUGUUCCGUGGAAGACACAAGAAAACAGGUGACUUAUAUGCUGUGAAGGUGUUCAACAACCUGAGUUUCCUGCGCCCCCUAGAUGUUCAGAUGAGGGAAUUUGAGGUCCUGAAGAAACUGAACCACAAGAACAUCGUCAAGCUGUUUGCCGUAGAGGAGGAGACAAACACAAGACACAAGGUGCUGGUGAUGGAGUACUGCCCAUGUGGCAGUUUGUACACAGUGCUGGAAGAGUCUUCAAAUGCUUAUGGGCUUCCUGAGGAUGAGUUUCUCAUUGUGCUACAGGACGUAGUUGCUGGCAUGAACCACCUGCGAGAGUAUGGCAUUGUUCACCGUGACAUAAAGCCAGGGAACAUCAUGCGUGUGAUUGGCGAGGACGGGCGGUCUGUCUACAAGCUGACUGAUUUUGGUGCCGCCCGCGAGCUGGAGGACGACGAGCAAUUUGUUUCCCUCUAUGGAACAGAGGAGUACCUGCACCCAGACAUGUAUGAGCGGGCUGUCCUCCGGAAGGACCACCAGAAGAAAUAUGGAGCCACUGUCGACCUGUGGAGCAUUGGUGUGACCUUCUACCAUGCAGCCACUGGCAGCCUACCUUUCCGACCCUUUGAAGGCCCCCGGCGAAACAAAGAAGUCAUGUACAAAAUAAUCACAGAGAAGCCUUCGGGAGCCAUUUCUGGAGUGCAGAAGUUUGAGAACGGCAAGAUUGAGUGGAGUACCGACUUGCCCAUCUCCUGCAGCCUUUCCAAGGGUUUGCAGAGUCUGCUGUCCCCAGUGCUAGCCAACAUUUUAGAGGCCGACCAGGAGAAGUGCUGGGGCUUCGACCAGUUCUUUGCAGAAACCAGUGACAUACUGCAUCGUAUGGUGGUGUAUGUCUUCAGCCUUCAGCAGGCCACUCUGCACCAUGUCUAUAUCCACCAAUACAAUACGGUAACGCUGUUCCAGGAGCUGCUAUUUCGUUGGACCAACAUUGCACCACCCAACCAGGAGCUGCUGUUUGAGGGGCGCCGGCUGGUAUUGGACCCAAAUCAGCAGGCACAGAGCUUCCCCCAUACUUCUCAAGAUAACCCCAUCAUGCUGGUCAGCCGGGAGCUCGUGGGCACUGUUGGCCUUCUCUUUGAGGACCCAAGCCCUCCCAAGGUGCAGCCACGCUAUGACCUGGAUUUGGAUGCCAGCUAUGCAAAGACAUUUGCUGGAGAUGUGGGCCAUCUGUGGAAGACAUCCCAGUCACUGCUGACUUAUGAAGAGCUGGUCAGAAAGGGAGUCCGUGGCCUCAUUGAGCUUAUGAAAGAGGACUACAAUGAGACAGUCCAUAAAAAGGCAGAGGUCAUUCACAUGAGUUCCAACUGCACUCAGACUGUGGAGAAGAUGGAGCAGCUGUGUGAUGUUUUGAUCCAGGCGAAUGUGCUGUCCUCGGAAUUCAACGAAAUCUCUGAGAUGCGGAAAAAAGUUGUCAGAUUGUCCAGUUCUCUGGGGCCAGUUGAACAGACGCUGCAGGAUAUUAAGAACAAAUUCCUGUCAGGGGGGCUGCUGACCGAUACAUGGACACAGCAAGUGGGCAACCACCCUGAAGACCGGAAUGUUGAGAAAAUCAAAGUGCUGCUGGAUGCCAUCACAACUAUCUACCAACAGUUCAAAAAGGACAAAGCUGAACGACGCCUGCCUUAUAAUGAAGAACAGAUCCACAAAUUUGACAAACAGAAGCUGGUACUCCACGCCACAAAAGCUCGCACCCUGUUCACAGAUGAGUGCGGCAUGAAGCACCGCCUCUUCAUUUCUAAAACUGAAGAGUGGAUGAGAAAAGCACAUCAUGUCAGAAAACAGCUCCUCAACUUAACCAACCAGUUAAUUAACAUUGAACAGGAAGUGACCACAUCCCUCCAACAUGUUUGCAAGUUUCAGGAACAGCUGCCACAGAAGAUCAUUCCAGUGGUGUCCGGCACAAUCAAGCCCCAGGCAUACCUCAGUCAGAACACUCUUGUAGAAAUGACUCUGGGGAUGAAAAAAUUGAAGGAAGAGAUGGAGGGGGUGGUGAAGGAACUGGCAGAGAAUAACCAUUUCCUGGAGAGAUUUGGGUCUUUAACCUUGGAUGGUGGCCUGCGAAAUACUGACCGUAUUAAUAAUUUACAAUGAACUGAACAUAAUAGACCCACACAACCCCAGACUGAUGGUUCUGUAAUGAAGACAUCUGAAGACAUCUGAAGAAUAUUAUAUUAUUUUUGUAUAUAUAACUUCUAUGUUAUGUUAAAGAUUUCCUUGUUAGUUCAGUUCAUUUUGUAUUUCCUGACUUCUUUCUUACUCUUUGAUUUUUUUCAAAAUAUGACAUAAAAAUUCCUUUGAAUGUAGACCAUAUGUGGUAAAAUGUUUUUCUUUUCUCCAGAAAUUGAUGUAAAGUUGCUAAAGUUCCUACUGCACUGUGCUUGUUCUGAGUCUUGAGAUGUAACGGACUUAAAGGGGAAUUUCACAUUUGCAUCUGUGUAAACACUAUCUGCAGUAUAAAUGACUGUAAUUAUAAUUACUGUUAAAUAAUGAUGUCCAUUUUCAUAUGGAUCUGUCAUUCAUUUAUUUUUUGUCUUCCUUUUGUGAGUCUUCCUUUUUACUUGAUAAUUUUGCAAGAGCUUAAUGGUCUCAAAAUAUGACCUGUAUAUGUGCACCAUUUUCAUGUCAUAAUUUGUAUUCUAAUUAUCAGUAACAUUCCUCAUUGUAAUCUAAUACUUUCUUCCUUUUUAUUUAUGUUUACUGAAGUUAUAUAACAGUGGUGAAUUCACUGCCCCAACUCCAAAGAAGAUUAAGAAAGUCUAACAAUGAAUGAAAUGAACACGGUACUCUCCCCUAUUAAAAAAAACCCAACACCCGACCCCCCAUCCUUCCCUCCUCCCAUCUUUGGAGUAUUGUUUUUUUUUUUUAAUUCUAGUAAUGAUGGUGGGUGUAGAUCGUGUUGUUUUGAUUUUGGAUUUGAGGAUGCAUUUUAAUUGGUGGUAUUGAUCUCUCUCAAUGCCAAACCUCUGGUUAAGAGUGUGUUGAUCAGACAGACAUGGUUGUGAUGUGUGAUGCCUCUUUGUUUUCAUGUGACCAAAUUUAGUGGAGAUUUAUAAAGCUGAAAGUCAGUGUUUGAGGUGACCAGUGAGGAGUUUCUAAUUUUGAUUAUUUUCCACCAGGCUAGUUGUGUAAAUGCUUGUGUUCGCAAUGUCGUGUUCUAUGGUAGUUUUGAGGAAUGGGGCUAAUAUAGAAAUGUCCUUGCUCAUUCAACAUUUAUUUCAUUUUGGUGAAUCCAUUUAUUGAUGCAUUGUAAUUGGUAAGAUAGUAUUUAAGGAAAUCUGGUGCAUCAAGUACUCCUUGAUUCUGAUUCUGUCAUCUCUGAUUCUUAUUUCUGUAGGGUGGCCAAUUUUAUUCUGAGUUUGUCCGGCAGAAUUUUUUUUUUCCCCCCCAUUGAUUUAAGUACCUUUGGACACUUAAAUUCUGUAAAAUAUAAGAGCAUUCACAUAACCAAAACACUGAUAUUCAGGUAUUUCUUGAAACUAAAUACGUGCAACCCACAGAAUGGCAACUGAAUUGACCAUAGAUGUUCAAAGUUUAAAGAGGAGUUUCCAAAGUCUUUUUUGUGUGUAUAUAUUGUGUGUAAACUGCUUAGCAGAUAGCUCAUUGAAAUUAUACAUUAUACAUUAAUGA